CGGAAAGCAGACCCCGGGGCCCCAGUUUUUCUCGCCUGCAAGAGCCAGCCUUUGGCCGAGGCCCUUGACCCUUGGAGAGCUUAUGUCAACACAGGCACCCAAAUGACCGUCCGUCCGGCUGUGUUUGACCACAGUCCCCUUUGCGCCUGGACGCUGCGGCCAACGAAAGCCAUGCUCCCCAAUGCGGCCUGGCUGCUCUCCUUGGCCGUCUUGGGGCUGCCCUUGUCGGCGGAGGAGCCGCUCCCCAAGAUCGAAGGGACCUACGGGGCCAAGUAUGGCCAAUGUUUCCAGUCUCUUCCUGGUGAAACUGGGGCUUUGAACCUUGGUCAGAGAUGGGAAGACCCUUCACCGACAGCCACGUUGUAUAUUGAUCUGCGCACUGUAACAAGCGCUGCAUCCUCCUUCGACUUCCGCACCUUCGACCCAGAAGGCGUCAUCUUCUAUGGGGACACCAACCCCGGCAAGGACUGGUUCGUCUUGGCUCUGCGGAAGGGGAAGCCCGAGAUGCAGAUCCACAACGCCGUCACCAACUUGACCGUUUCGGGGGGGAUGCGCCUCAACGACGGACGUUGGCACCGGCUGAUGGUGAAGAACGAGGGCGACGUGGUCAUCAUGGAGGUGGACGGGGAUGACCAGCUGGUCCUGCGCCACGUCUCCAGCUCCGUCAUCGACCACCCGGUCUUUGCCAUGCGGAUCGGCGUCGGGGGCCUCUUCAUCCCGGCCCAGGAGCUGCUGACCCCGCUGAACACAGCCAUGGACGGCUGCAUGCGGCGCUGGAACUGGCUGAACAAGACCUCCGAAUGGCGAGAAGGAAGCUCCUUGGAGGAAGAAGGGACCAAGGUGUGCUUCCCCAGCAUCCGACCUGGGAGCUUCUUCCCUGGGAACGGGUUGGCCACCUUUUCCCUGGCAGACCUCCCCACCGGGCUCAAUCCUGCAAACGGGAACUGGUCCCUGGCCCUGGAGAUGCGGAUCGAAGGGGCCCCGCAAGCGGCCUCCCUGCUGGCGGUCUCCAGUGCGAAACACGCCCCAGUUCUGCGCCUGGACCUGCGGCACACGGACCUGGUGGCCCAGCUGGGGAACAAGACAGUCUUCAUGGCCCCGCUUCCGGCGGAGGGCUGCCUGGACUUGCAGCUCCGGGUGCGGAUCACGUCGUCGCACUUCGCCCUUUGCCUGGCCAAUGCAGAGACCCUGAAGCCCAUCCCCAAGACAGACUCUGACCGCCUGAAGCAGAUUUGGCUGGGCCAAAGGGGAGACCUCACCAUUGGAGGGUCGCCCGGGUUGGAAAGGUCCCCCUUGGCCCAGGAGAGGGGCUUCUUCAGGGGCUGCCUGCAAGCGAUCCGGGUUCAAGGCCAGGAGCUGGACUUAGACUCGGCCCAAUCCAGGAGCAACUCCAUUUGGGCUCAUAGCUGCCCGGGUCCCGAAGACGGAGGCAAAGACAACGUGGACGAUGGAAACUAGAACACAUCCCUUUCAACGUAUGCUUGGAAGGAAGACAGCAGAACAGUUAUCCAAUCUUUACUUUGAUUCGUUUGGCGCCCGCCUCGCAGGGAGGUUGUUUUCCCUGUGAUGCUAGAUUUUGCCAACUUGGGCCCUGCAGGUAUUUUGUACUGCAACUCCCAUCAUUCCUAACAGCCUCAGGCCCCUUCCUUUUCCCCCUCCACCGCUUAAGCGGCGGAGGGGGAAAAGGAAGGGGCCUGAGGCUGUUAGGAAUGAUGGGAGUUGCAGUCCAAAACACCGAGGGCCCAAGUUGGCCCAUGCCUGGUCUGGAUGCAUCUCUACAAAAAUACUUUUCUUAUUGCGUUGUAUGAGCGAAAGACCUCAAACACCCCAAGUUGUUUAUACCAGCUUUUAUAAUCCAAAUUUUGUUGCAUUUUAGACAAAAAUAGGUUGUGUAAAUUCCUGUAUGUAAACAAGGAAAUGACAUACUUUUGCA